CUUCAAACCUUUUGUAAACCUCCCCUUAGCCCUUCGUCUGUGGCGUGUGAGUGCCGCUGCUCCAGUGGGCCUGCUUUCCCACCGCUCUGCUUUGCCUGCACACCCCACUUCCCAUGCGCCCACCACUCUCUCCUGGGCCUUACUACAUGCCUCUCUCCCCCCCCCAACCCCUCUCCCCUCCCCCUUUCCCAGCCCGAGGCAGGGUCUCUGCUGGCGGAUCUGCAGGCGCCUGUGCAGUGGCUGCUGGGUGCUGUGACGUGCUGGAGUGGCGGAAAGCUGAGAGGCUGAGAGGCUCAACGCCACAGACAGCCACAACAGCUAAGUCCACACAGACGCCCUAUCCUCACUGUCGCUGCUUUCAUGCUAGCACUUGCCACCUGUGAUUUGAGAACACUUUCACGUGCACUCUCACAGGCCCUCUAACAUGCACUCGCACCUUCUCAUUCCAUCCAUCCUCGCUGCAUGCCUCCUUCAAAAGGAAGCCGCUGGAAGCACCCUAGCCUGCACGGUGCAGACCCCCUAUCCCAGUUUUCCCCUUGCACGUUGAGGGGGGGGAUGUGGGGUCAACACCGCCACUCCCCUGCACCCCUCCCCUUGUGGCCGUGCAGGUGGCACUGGCGGGGGGAGAGGGGGGAGCAGCACUCGACUCGACUGCAAUGGGACAUCAUCGGGCUGGGGUCGGCCAAAGAAGGUGCAGCAGCAGCCGUGGCCCUAAGGAGGAGGUGUGAUAAUACGAGGAGCGGUAGUAGGAGGUGCGGUAGGAGGAGGUGCCGUAGGAGGAGUGGUAGGAGGAGGUGCGGAGGGGCAGACGGGCACAGGGGCACGCUUCAGCAAAUCAAUUUAACAGCUAAUUACCCCCGCUCUCUCUCUCCUCGAGGCCCUUCCACUUCUUUGCACUUGCAUGAUGGCCCGAAUAUCUCCCUUUGCUGCUCAUGCCCCCACCAUCAUCUCACUCCACUGUUCCUCUGUUUCGAAACUUACCACUGGUUGCCACCACGCUCACAAGCCACAGACGAAUCACAGCUGGUAUUGCCCCCCCCUGGUAUAACCCCCCCCCCAGGUGCUGCUGGCAGGUGGGUAGGGGGGCAGCACUCGACUUGGCUGCAAUGGGAGAGUAUUGGGCUGGGGUCGGCCAAAGAAGGUGCGACAUUUUUCUUUACUCACGCCUCACAUUCGACUGCAGCUUCCUCCGCUAGCAGUCUUCCUUCAGUGCUUUCGCUCACUUCCUGGUUCCCGCCAGCUGUUGACUUUUGAGUCGACUCAAAAGUCACCUGGUUCCCGCCAGCUGUUUGUCCCAUCGAACUUCCCUCCCUUGAGUUCUCUACCUCCUCUCCCGCCGCCCUCACAGGCUUCUGUCAACGCCCAGGGCAUUCACGGCUGCAGCGGUAGAAGAAGCAGCGAAGCAGAGAAGCAGAGUAGCAGAGUAGCAGCGAAGCAGAGAAGGGGUUGCAGCCGUUGCAGCAGCAGCAGCAUCAGCAUCAGCAGCAGCUGGGCAGUUAGGGGACAGGCUGGUAGAGGAGUGUGUGAGGCAGAGGCAAGGUAAGGUGAAAGGUAAGGUAUCCCCCUCCCUGCAGCGCCGUUCGUCUGGAGCAGUGGAGCAGUAGAGCAGUGGAGCAAUGGAGCGAGGUCAGGAGGAUAACAUCUCACCUUUCUCCUCUACUGCCCCCCCUCCCCUCUAGGAACCAUCUUCCCCGGUGGAGAAAUGGAGCGAGGUCAGCAGGAUGACCCUUCCCUCUCCUCUCCUGUCUCCUCUCCCCUCCAGGUGCAAUCGGUUCCUGUGUCCUGCUAGAUUGGAGCCUCCCCCUGCUGAUCCCCCACUUCCCCUCCUUGCAGCCUCAACCUUGGCGCUCUGCAUGGCUGUGGUAGGUAGAGGUAAGAAGGCAUGGGAGCACAGCACCGUGUGUGUGGGGGGGGUCCAGCGUGGGAGUAGUUCACACGGCCUUAGGGCCAGCAUCCUAAGUGGUUGCUGCCUUGUGGGGUGGGUGUGGUGGGUGGAAUCUGCGUGGCACGGCACUCGGUGCUCAAGUAACUAACCUGCGCGUUUAAUGCAUAAUGGGCACCGUCAGAGCCGAGCCGGCCGGCUCUGGUACGUGCCAGCUCUUGCCACGCCAGGGGUGGGAUUUGAGUCUUGGGCUGGAAGCGCUUUUCCACCUCCACACUCGCACCACAAGGCACAGCCACUGCGGGUGCUGGUUCCGAAGUGGAGUGGGCGGUAUGCUGCUCCUACUGCUGGCAACUUCUAAGUGUUCCCUCCCUGGCAGUGCUCUCGGGUGCUGGCUCCCUGGCAGUGCUCUCGGGUGCUGGCUGCAUGGCAGUGCUCUCGGGUGCUGGCUGCAUGGCAGUGCUCUCGGGUGCUGGCUGCAUGGCAGUGCUCUCGGAUGCUGGCUCCCUGGCAGUGCUCUCGGGUGCUGGCUCCCUGGCAGUGCUCUCGGGUGCUGGCUGCAUGGCAGUGCUCUCGGGUGCUGGCUCCCUGGCAGUGCUCUCGGGUGCUGGCUCCCUGGCAGUGCUCUCGGGUGCUAGCUGCAUGGCAGUGCUCUCGGGUGCUGGCUCCCUGGCAGUGCUCUCGGGUGCUGGCUCCCUGGCAGUGCUCUCGGGUGCUGGCUCCCUGGCAGUGCUCUCGGGUGCUGGCUCCCUGGCAGUGCUCUCGGGUGCUGGCUCCCUGGCAGUGCUCUCGGGUGCUGGCUCCCUGGCAGUGCUCUCGGGUGCUGGCUCCCUGGCAGUGCUCUCGGGUGCUGGCUCCAUGGCAGUGCUCUGGCUCCAUGGCAAUGCUGCAGUGUUGACUCCGUGGCAAUGCUGCAGUGUUGACUCCGUGGCAAUGCUGCAGUGUUGGCUCCUGGCAACGCUGCAGUGUUGGCUCCGUGGCAAUGCUGCAGUGUUGACUCCGUGGCAAUGCUGCAGUGUUGGCUCCAUGGCAACGUGGCAGUGUUGGCUCCAUGGGCAAUGCUACAGUGUUGGCUCCUGGCAACACUGUAGUGUUGGCUCCAUGGCAAUGCUGCAGUGUUGACUCCGUGGCAAUUCCGCAGUCUUGGCUCGGCUCCAUGGCAAUGCUGCAGUGUUGGCUCCUGGCAAUUCUGCAGUGUUGGCUCCAUGGCUGGCAAUGCUCCUGGGCGCCAGAGUGAGUUCCUGGGCGCGAGAGCCAUGGCAAGUCUUAAUCAGCUGGUGGGUUGAGGGCAUGGGUGCAAGGUGGGAAGUGAUGAUGCUGCAUGGAGUGCCUGAUGUCACCUUUCAUCAGUGCUUGCUUUUAGGUGCAAGGAUUUUUAGCCACUGCAGUCCCUACUCAAGUGACGUGUGUGCAUAUACACUCAAAAGAGUGAGUUUGGAGACGGGGAGUGCCUGAUGCAACAUCGGUGCGUUAUGCAUGCAGCAGCCUCAAUUGUCCUCACAUGACUUGGGAGUGGCCCAUCGGGAGUAAAUGAGGUGGCUGAUGGUUGUUUAAUAGAGGGCAACCGAUACAGUAAGAAGUGGCUGGGGUGAAUGCCCACUGCACAGCAUCAAGGGGCACUUCACUCCAUGCAAUCUUAGUGCCUGCACUUCUAGCUGGGAAGCAUAGAACAGAGGUGCUGAGGUAGGAUCACAAGGUGGUCCUCCUGUUUUGGCAGGAAUGGUUCAUGCACCUCUCAUGAAAGGAGGCAAAGCUGAUGUUUUUCUAGAAUUUUAAACACUGCUUUGUAAGGAAUAAUGUUAUGCUGAGAUAUCUCUCGUAUAUCAAAGCAUAAUAAAACUGGCUUAUAACG